UACCAUUACGAUAUUGAUGUGCCUACUCUUUUUUGGCCCAGCAGUUCUGGAGGCCACAUCAGGAUCUGUUCUCCGACUGGUGAAUGGAAGGCACAGAUGUGAAGGUCGUGUUGAGCUUUAUUAUGAUGGACAGUGGGGGACUGUGUGUGAUGAUUUCUGGGACCUUUCUGAUGCCCAGGUUGUGUGCAGGCAGCUGGGAUGUGGCCAGGCCAUUUCAGCUCCAAGUAAUGCUUAUUUUGGCCAAGGCUCAGGCAGCAUCCUGCUGGACGAUGUGCGGUGCCAGGGAAAUGAGCCUGCCUUGUGGCAAUGUAGUCACAAUGGAUGGAGGAGACACAACUGCAACCACCAUGAAGAUGCUGGUGUUGUCUGUUCAGUAAGGACAUCUACAACACCAGUAUCAACACCAGUAUCCUCCACAGUAGGGAUAACCACCCCAAUGGUAACAACCUUGUUGGCAGAAACAACACCAGAGACCGCAGAAGUGGAGACAGGCGCCAUUGCGACAGCCCCCAUACUGGAGAUGACCACGGAAUUGACAACGACCUCUGUGUUCCCAGAAGGGACAUCCACAGAGCCAGUGCCCUCCACAGCAGUCUGGUUGACAGAGAUCACCUCCACAGCAACGACGAGCACAACAGAUCCACCGACUACUGCCUUGCCAGAUACAACAGGUGCCCACCUGCGGCUGGCCGACGGCCGGCACGGUUGCGAGGGCCGCGUGGAGGUGUGGGAUGGGCGCAGCUGGGGGACAGUGUGCGACGACUUCUGGGACCUGGGCGAGGCGCAGGUGGUGUGCCGCCAGCUGGGCUGUGGCCCCGCCAUGGCCGCCCCAGGCAACGCUCGCUUCGGCGCCGGCAGCGGCCACAUCCUCCUGGACAACAUGUGGUGCCAUGGGAAUGAGGCCUCCCUGCUGCUCUGCGGGCACAACGGUUGGGGCGUGCACAACUGUGUCCACGGUGAGGACGCCGGUGUCAUCUGUGCAGCUGCCACGACCACCCCAGUGCCUACAGAAGCACCUUAUUUUUGUGGUGGCUUAAUUUCAAAUUCCUCUGGGAUGCUGCAGAGUCCGUACUACCCUGGAAAUUAUCCAAACAACGCUGACUGUGUGUGGGAAAUACAAGUAGAGAAUAAUUUCCGUGUUAUGCUCACAUUUAGAGAUAUUGUGUUGCAGAACAGCAGAUGCCAGUAUGACUACAUUGAAGUCUAUGAUGGGCCUCCACACUCUUCUCCACUUCUUGGGAGAAUUUGUGCUGGUUCCUUCCUCACAUACACAUCGUCUUCAAACCUAAUGAGCAUUCACUUUCACAGCGAUUCUAGAUAUACACUUAGAGGGUUCCAGGCCCACUACUCCUCUAUCCCAACAGAUCACAACAUUGCCCUUACGUGCUUGCCAGACUACAUGCAUGCGGUGGUUAGCAGGGACUAUCUCCAGUCACGAGGCUACUCUGCAGAGACUGUCACCCUGAAUGACACUCGCUGUGAGCCAACACUCACGCCACACGAGGUGGUGUUCAACGUUCCCUACGACAGCUGUGGGACGACACGAGAGGAAAGCAAUGGUACAAUCAACUAUUCCAACAUGAUCAAAGUUACCUCUUCUGAGUAUAUAAUCAAGAGGAAAAAGGAUCUUCACUUACACCUCAGUUGCAAGAUGUUACAAAACACGUGGAUACAAAUCAUGUAUGUUGCUGAGGAUAUUGCAGACAUGAAUGAAAAUCAGUUUGGAAGAUACGCUGUGAACAUCACGUUUUAUGAUUCCUCAUCAUUCCUGCGGCCUGUGUAUGAUUCUCCAUACUACAUUGACCUGGACCAAAAUUUGUACCUUCAAGCUUAUCUUCACAGCUCUGACCCAAAUCUGAUGCUGUUUGUGGACACAUGUGUGGCAUCUCCUGAUCCUCAUGAUUUUAACACUCUAUCCUAUGAUAUAAUCAAGAACGGAUGUGUUAGAGAUUCUUCGUAUGCCACAUACUACACCCCCAACAGCCACUUUGCUCGGUUCAAAUUUAAUACCUUUGAGUUCAUUAACCGCCACUCAUUAGUCUACCUGCGGUGUCAGCUGGUGGUGUGCAGGCUCGGGGACUACUCCUCCCGCUGCUACCAGGGCUGCCCGAGAAGGUUCAAGAGAGAUGCAAGCUCUGCCCAGGAAAAAGUGGAUGUUGUUGUCGGACCUUUGAAGCUUCGAGAAGAGGGUGCUCAGAGCAGGAGUACUGGUGAAGUUGAAUAUUUGAUCAAGCUGCAGAACACACCCCUUUAUAUUUACACAUUUAUAAAUUCUGAAACGUUUUAUCAGCAUUAUAGGAGCGCAGUUAAAAUGAAACCCUCGCUGACCUUUGUGUGGAUGCUACUGCUGCAUGGAGGGGGUCUGCAGGCGUCAGAAUUCUCCCUGAGGCUGGUGAAUGGGCAGAACAGAUGUCAGGGCCGUGUUGAAGUGUUUUACAACGGAGUCUGGGGAACGAUUUGCGAUGACUCCUGGGACAGAAGAGAUGCUGACGUGGUGUGCGGUCAGCUCGGGUGCGGCAGAGCCACUGCGGCCGUGGGAGAAGCCCACUUUGGUGAAGGCACAGGAGAAAUCCUCCUGGACGAAGUGCAGUGCCAAGGGAACGAAGCUCUUCUCUGGCAGUGCUCCCAUGAUGGGUGGUUCGCCAAUGACUGUUUUCACCAGGAAGACGCCGGUGUCAUCUGCGCAGCUUCUUUGAUGUCUGAAGUUCCUGGUAAUUUUCAUGACUUGUCCCUGAGGCUCGUGAAUGGGAGGAACCGAUGCGAGGGCCGUGUCGAGGUCCAUUACCAGGGCAGCUGGGGCACCGUCUGCGAUGACUCCUGGGACCUGAAGGAUGCUCAGGUUGUCUGCAGCCAGCUGGGGUGCGGCAGGGCUCUUUCUGCUCCUGGAAAUGCCAAUUUUAGUCAAGGCUCAGGAGAGAUCCUUCUCGACGACGUGCAGUGCAAAGGGAACGAGGCUUACCUCUGGGAGUGCCCCAGCAGAGGGUGGUUGGUCCACAACUGUGUGCACGUGGAAGAUGCCAGCGCCGUUUGCUCAGCUUCCACAGGAUCUGAAGUGACAGAGUUGUCAGUGAGGUUGGUGAAUGGAUGGAACCAGUGUGAAGGGCGUGUUGAAAUACUUUACAGAGGAACCUGGGGGACCAUUUGUGAGGAUUCCUGGGAUAUAAAUGAUGCAGACGUUGUCUGUAACCAGCAGGCUUGUGGACAUGCUGUGUCAUCUUCAGGAAAUGUCACCUUUACUCGCGGCCCGAGAUAUAUUGUCAUGGAUGAUGUGCAGUGCAGAGGGGAUGAGAACUACCUGUGGCAGUGUUCUCACAGGGGGUGGUAUAGAGAGAAGUGUGACAGCCGGCGCGAUGCCAGCGUCAUUUGCUCAGCUUCUAUGGGAACUGAAAUACCCGAAGUGUCCAUGAGGCUGGUAAAUGGUAGAAACAGAUGUGAAGGUCGUGUAGAAGUCUACUACAAAGGAAGCUGGGGGACGGUCUGUGAUGACUUCUGGGACCUGAAUGAUGCGCAGGUCGUGUGCAGGCAGCUGGGAUGUGGAGAAGCUCUCUCCGCACUGGGAAGAGCCCACUUCACUCCAGGAUUUGGGGACAUUCUCCUGGAUGAUGUGCAGUGCCUUGGAAGUGAAUCUUACCUGUGGGAAUGCUCUCACAGAGGAUGGUCAACACAUAACUGCGGGCACAAAGAAGAUGCCGGUGUGCGUUGCUCAGCUUCUAGGGGAGACAGAACUCCUGAAGCAUCUCUGCGGCUGGAGAACGGUGGCAAUCAAUGUGAGGGGCGUGUUGAAAUUUUUUACAAAGGACAAUGGGGAACAGUCUGCGACGAUUUCUGGGAUAUCAAUGAUGCCCAGGUCAUUUGCAGACAACUUGGGUGUGGGGAGCCCAUGUCGGCACCAGGAGCUGCCCAGUUUGGGGAAGGCUCUGGAGUUAUUUUCCUGGAUGAUGUACAGUGCAGAGGCAAUGAAUUUUACCUAUGGGAAUGCUCCCACAACGGUUGGUCAGUACAUAACUGUGGCCACAAUGAAGAUGCCAGCGUUGUCUGCUCAGCUGCAAGAACGUAGCACGCGCCAAGGUAAGCAACCUAUCUAAACACCCACCUUCCCGCAAUGCUGGAGGGAUCUAAAGAUACACCACAAUUAAGACUGGCAUCUGGUGGGGACAGAUGUGCCGGAAGGGUUGAAGUUUACCAUAAAGGCGAAUGGGGAACAGUCUGUGAUGAUUCCUUCAGUAUGAAUAGUGCCAAUGUUGUAUGCAGACAACUUGGUUGUGGCCAAGCUGUUUCUGUCUACGGAUGGUCUUACUUUGGCCCUGGUGAAGGAAACAUCCUCCUGGAUGAUGUGCAGUGUACAGGAACUGAAUCUUACCUUUGGGACUGUCCACACGCUGGCUGGAACAAAAAUGACUGUGGACACAAUGAGGAUGUUGGUGUCAUCUGUUCAGCAGAUGCUUCAGCUCAGUCCCUGCGACUCGCAGACGGCGACAGCAGGUGCUCGGGCCGCGUUGAGCUCUAUUACAAUGGCAGCUGGGGCACGGUGUGCGACGACGCCUGGGACCUGGGGGACGCCGAGGUCGUGUGCCGGCAGCUGGGCUGUGGGGAAGCACUGCUGGCCGUGCCUGAGGCCCAUUUCGGGCAGGGCUCUGGGAACAUCCUCCUUGACGAAGUGCAGUGCAGAGGGGACGAAAGCAGCCUGUGGGAGUGCUCUCACCAGGGGAUAGAAGUACACAACUGUCAGCCAAAAGAAGACGCCGGCGUCAUUUGUGCAGUCCCUAUGGAGCUUACAACACAUGGAACAACAGUAACCCUUACCUGUCUGCCUAAUUACAUGCGGGCAAUCAUCAGGAGAUCCUACCUGAGCUCCCGAGGGUACCUUGCAGGGAGCAUCCACCUGCGAGACCCCAGGUGCAGGCCUGUGAUCACCAGUUUCCAUGUCACCUUCCGCAUACCGUACAACGGCUGUGGCACGAGGAGGCUGAUAACACGUGGAGCCAUCACUUAUUCCAACACAGUGGAAGGAUCCACGUCUGGCAACCUCUACAGCAGAAAUAGGAACUCGCUGCUGAACCUCGCCUGCAGAAUAUACAGCAAUCCCGGUUUCGAAACUGUACCCAGUAUUAGAGAGCCUCCGUACCAGCAAACUCCAUCUGGACGAUUUGUUGUCCAGUUUGCCUUUUAUGAUUCACCAUCUUUUUCCAAUGUAGUGAGGGCUCCACCAUACUACGUUCUGCCAAACCGGGAUUUGUUUGUUCGUGCUACUCUCUACAGCGUGGAUCCGAAUCUGAUGCUGUUCACAGACACGUGUGUGGUGUCUCCAAAUCCUAAUGACUUUACAACUGUGGCAUCUGAUAUAAUAAGAAGAGGGUGUGUAAGAGACCCAACCUAUAGGAGCUACUAUUCACCAGACAGGAGGAUUGUCCAGUUCAAAUUCAGAGCCCCCAGCUUUAUUGGCAGAUACACAUCUGUUUACCUACAGUGCAAAAUGGCAGUGUGCAACAGAUACAAUUAUUCCUCCCGAUGCUACCAGGGCUGCAUAAGGAGAGACAAAAGAAGCACAACCUUGCAAGAUCUUUGUUGGUGCUCUUCUUCCACAGGUGCACCUCGCUGCGGUACCUCACUCACCGACCCCAACAAAUCUUUAAAGAUUGACCUAAAUUCAAAUGCAAACUGUGUCUGGCAAAUUCAGAGAAAUGAAAAUCGAACGAUUAGGCUCAUCUUCUCCUAUUUUAAAUUUGCUCCUUCUUCAAGCUGUGAAACAGAAAGUAUUAAUGUAUACGAUGGUCCUUCCACUAAUUCACCUCUUCUUGGACAAGUAUGUAACAACACUGAUGCAGUCCCAGUGUUUGAAUCAUCUUCAAACAGCUUAACUUUUCUCAUAAAAACAAACUCUGUGGCUUUCGCACGAAACUUCUUUGCCUUCUAUUACUUCUUUUCACCGGAAACACCACCUUGUGGGGGAAGCUUAACUGGCCCCAGUGGGACACUUACCAGUCCCAACUACCCAUCGGCUUACCCUCCAUUUACAUACUGCGUCUGGCACAUACAAACUGCAAAAAAAUCGAAGAUAAACUUACAAUUUAAGGAUUUGUUCCUGGAACUGGAUCAAAACUGCCAGUUUGACUUUCUGGCAGUCUAUGAUGGCCUCACCACUAACACUGGCUUAAUUGGAAAAGCAUGUGGCGUUUCUCGGCCCGCCUUUCAAUCUUCUUCAAACGGCAUGACGCUUGUGUUGUCUACAGACUACGCCAACUCCUACAGAGGAUUUUCUGCUCAGUAUACCAGCAUUCUGCCAGAUCCCCCAGAGCCUGACACAUCCCUUACGUGCUCUUCAGACAGACUGGAAAUUGUCGUGAGCAAGGACUACCUGGACUCCUUUGGCUAUAAUGAAACUCACCUGCAGCUGAACGACCCAACCUGCAGGCCAGUUUCCACAGAUCCCGUGAUUUUCUCCUUCCCAUUAAGCAGCUGUGGAACAACUAAAAAGUUAACACGCUUUCGACUGCAGUGCCUACGUAAUCACAACUAUUUCAUACUGUUCCUUUUACAGGAUGAAGGUCAUCGCAUCACUUACACCAACAUUGUAACUCUCUCUGAAACUGACAGUAUUAUCACACGCAAGAAGAGCGUACAGAUUAUUGCAAAGUGCAUAAUGGAAAACAACUCAACUGUAGAAGUCAUUUACGUAACAGAAAAUAAUCUAAUCAAGAACACGACCUCUGUGGGAAGAUACAACAUUAGCAUGUCGUUCUACGAUUCAGAGUCGUUCUCCAGCCCUGUGCUUCAGUCCCCAUAUUACGUAGACUUAAACCAAACUCUUUUUGCUCAAGUCAGUCUUCAUUCCACCGACCCAGAUCUUCUGGUGUUUGUCGAUACCUGCGUAGCAUCUCCACAGCCUGAUUUUGGAUCAGUAACAUAUGACUUAAUCAGAAGUGGCUGUAAUAAAGAUGACACUGUGGUAACCUACCCACCCAUUGAGCACUAUGGAAGGUUCAAAUUUAAUGCCUUCAGGUUCCUGCGGAGCUUUUCAUCGGUUUAUCUCCAGUGUGACAUUUUGAUUUGUGACAGUACCACAAACUCUCGCUGUACUGAAGGCUGUAUCUCCAGGCAAAAAAGAGCUGCUUCUUCAUACACUUGGAAAGCCAAGACUGUAGUGGGUCCUAUCCGCCUGAAGAGAGAUCUCAGGGCUGCUGAUCGCUCAGAUACCCUCACUAAAACAGAUGCUGAAGAAACCCCAAACCUGCAACGAAAGAGCUUCUACAUUCUUUCAUUUGUGGCUUUGAUUUCAAAUGUUAUUAUUGUGGUAGCUACAAUACUAAAAUAUUACAAACACCAGCCAGCAUAUGGCUACCAGAAAAUCCAGAGUUCAUAUUAA